AAUCAACUUGAGGCACACAUCAAAUCCACAACCUUCCUGAACAAAAUAUGAAGCCCGUUCACACCGGUGUCAUCUUCGUUGUCUUCUGCAGCAUCUUCCUACUGAAAGCAGGAGCCCAAAACUCUUGCUCGAACCAGUGUGGAAAAUCUCUGACCAACUGUUCAUGCCAAGCAACGUGUGAGUCCCUGGGAAUUUGCUGCCCUGAUUACUGGGAAUUCUGCCUGAAUAUAUCUCCUUAUUCAGGAACUCUGCUUGGGGGAAAGGAUUUUACUAUUUUAAAUGUGACCUUUGACAUCUCUGCUGAUGUGAAAUGCAGGUUUGCUCAGGAAAUUGUCACCGAAGGCUACGUCGCCAAAGAUGGACAUGCUCACUGCAUCUCCCCUUUGCUCUACCAGACGGGGAUGAUUAGCAUGGAGAUUUCCAGUGAUAGUGGGCAAACAUUUCCCCGUUCAAGUGUGUGGUUCUCAGAUCACCACAGCAAAGUUGCAGCUUCGGAAAAAAGUACCUUGGUGAAUGAAAGUCAGUGGCAGUACUAUGGCACUCCUGGGACUGGGGGAAAUUUGACUGUAACAUGGAACAACCAGACACUCCGAGCCAGCCAUGUCAACAUAGAACUCUGGGCAUACCGGGAAACAGGAGAGCCUUACUCUGCGACCUGGACUGCUCAGUGGAAAUAUCUCUACACUCUGAAAAAAAACUUUCCUAACAGUGGCACAUUCACCUUCCUGCCUGCUGCGUCUGCCCUCUACAGUGCCUGGGAACUGGGGGCACUGAGAAUCACUUCCAGUGGCUCUUUAGAGGGGCAGAGCAAUGUGGCCGCCAUCUGGAGCCCAGAGCAUGCCUUGGCUUGGCACCUUGAAGAGGCAUUCAGGGAAGACCCAGCUGCGUGGGCAACGGCCAAGUGUCAUGCCUGGGAUGCCGCAGAGGAGAGCCUGCCCAGUUUCCUGGCAGAGAUUCCCGAUUGCCCUUGCACUUUGGCACAAGCAAGGGCAGACACGGGGCGAUUUCAUACGGAUUAUGGCUGUGAUGUGGAAAAGGGGAGCGUGUGCACUUAUCACCCGGGCGCGGUGCACUGCGUGAGGGGCAUUCAGGCCAGCCCAAGCUAUGCUGCUGGGCAGCAGUGCUGCUACGAUGCCACUGGAGUGCAGGUCCUCACUGGAGACUCCCACGGGGGAAGCACACCUGAUCGUGGGCAUGACUGGGGGUCUCCUCCAUAUAAAAAGCCCCCCCGCAUCCCCGGCUUUUCCCAUUGGAUCUAUGAUGUCCUCAGCUUCUACUACUGUUGCUUGUGGUCGGACAACUGCUCUUUCUACUUCAAACACCGUCCCUCCAGUGGCUGCAAGCAAUACCACCCCCCUAGAGCAGCUUCUGCUUUUGGAGAUCCUCACUUCAUCACAUUUGAUGGUGCAAUUUUCACAUUUAAUGGCCUUGGUGAAUACACAGUGUUAGAGUCUGACCUGACUUCUCUGCGAGUGCAAGGGAGGACCCGCCAAGCAUCGCUGAACGGGAUACAGUUCAAAGUGACCGGCUUCUCUGCUGUUGCUGUGCAGGAGAACAACUCAGAUGUGGUUGAGAUGCGGAUUCCUGACCAUUCCAGCCAGCUGGAGGUGCUGUUGAACCACAAGGCUCUCAACUUCUCCGAGCAAACAUGGAUGGACCCAAAAGGUCUCUUCCUCUAUGCUGUCCCUGGGAUGAGUGCUACAGUGAUGUUCUCCUCUGGAGUAGGAGUAGAAGUGAAAGGAAGUGGACAGCUGCUGAGCAUGACCCUUUUGCUGCCAGAGAGGUUCCUGAAUCAUACGCAGGGCCUCUUUGGAGUCAUGAAUGACAACCCGCAGGAUGAUUUCACCCUUCGCAAUGGAACAGUCCUUCCCAGCAGCAGCCCCCCUGAGCAGCUGUUGGCCUUUGGAGCAGAUUGGGCUGUUAGCAACACAACGUCACUUUUUACAUAUGACACACCAUACUUGUUGCACAACUUCUUCUAUGGCCCAAAGCACAAUGCCUCCUUUGUGCCGGUGUUUUCUCCCCCCGAGGACCCAACAGACCCCCUGGGAAAGGAGGCGGCCUUGCUCUGCCAGUCGGACCCUUUCUGCAGGUUUGACGUCCUGUCGACCAGAGACCUUCGUGUGGGAAACAGCACUAAACGGUCGCAUCAGAACUACAAGCGCCUGAAGGAGGAUCUGCAGCCCGUGGUUUCCUGUGAUUGGCUGGCAGUCCCCGCAAAAGGCACGAAAAACAGCACAAACUAUUUAGCAGGCUCAGUCAUCCGAUUCGGUUGCCAGCCUGACUACAUCCUCACCGGAGCAGCAGAAAGGACGUGCCAGAGCAACGGGAAGUGGUCAGGGGCUCAGACCGUUUGCUUGCCAGGCACAGGAGCCAGGCAACAGCCCGCCUUGGGCGCCCUUCUUGGACUCCUUGGCCUCGGGAGUCUGGUGUGCUGCAUUUUCUAACCUUACCAUCACACGAAGAGUACGAGAGGUAUUGUUUGCCUCUCUGGAGCCAUGGAAUAAGUCCUUUUGAGAAUACAGUUUGGCUGCCAAACCUCGGUUUCAGAAGGGGCAACACAGAGGAAGCCUGUCAGCUGACCCACUCAGUCACCCUGCUUCCGUUUUAUUCCUCUGAUAAAACCUGCUCCAGUCUGGGAGAUUCAUGCUGCAGUAAAAGGCUUCUGUCUUUAAGAUGUCA